AGGACACCCCUGCGGUCCACAUGCUAGGCUGCAGGAGGGGCGUGCGGGGACACGGCGCGGAGGGCUGUCACUGCAGCGCGGGCGCUGUCACUACAGGGCAGGCAUUGUCACCGCAGGGCAGGUGGCCGGGCAGCAGACACUCCACCCUCGGGCAGUGCCUGCCGUCGGGUCAGGUGGAGGUGGAGGGAAGUGUUCCGUCUGAUAGGCCGUGUGAAGGCAGUGAGAUGAAGAGGGGAAGCAACCGCAGGGAGACGUCUCGAGAUUCUGAGGCGCUCAGCCCCUCCCCCUCAGCCAGGAGUGCUGUAGGACAGGCUCCAGGAGGAAAGAGCUGCAGGCCAAGUCAGAACCUCCUUGGCCUCGGAGCUUGUCCCGGCAAACGCCCUUCAGGGUGUCCCCUCCCCACUGAACACAGGAGAACGGUUAAAGCAGCGACCGCAGAAACACGUCAGGCACCUGAGUUACCGCGCAGGCUCCCCGCUGCCGGGGCCAGCACGGAGGGCGCUGGGACGGCAUGACCUGGCGUCAGAGCGAAGGCACAGAGGACCUUGAACGGACGUGGGGACACCUGCGGAUGUCCCGGGGACGUGACGUCUGUGGUCCUUCGUGCCAGACCCUGUGCUCUGAGGGCAGCUGGCGGUGCGGGCCACGGAGCAGGCGGGGCCGAUGGGCUUCAGCCCAGGUCGCCCUCGCCAGGUCCACUGCACCCCUGGGGAGGCUCUGGGCACCAGCAUGUCACCUGGGCUUCAUUUCUAAUGGCCGCUCAUGUCUGUCCCCAUUUUGGGCACCGAGAUGUGAUCAUUCCUUUCUUCUGCCGGUGAGCUAGACACCAAGACGCGCUGCAGAGUGACACUGGGCUGGCCUGGGCCCUGGGGGCAAGGCCAGGGCUCCGAGUCGCCCUGCUUGCCGUGGAAGCCCCUGGUGCUGGGGCACUUGGGCAUUUGCUCUGGAGCAGCACAGCCAGAGGUCACGGUGAGGGUGGGGUUUUCAGUGAGCUAAGAUGGCGGGGUAAAGGGGGUGUCUUGAGGCCCACGGAAGCAGUGUUGGGACCAGAGAGGGAAAUGGCGGGGGACAGGGCGGGAGUGACCCGGGAUCCACUGCCUGGGGUCAGGGCUGUGCUCUGAGAGGCAGCCGGUGUCUUCAAGGACCCCUGCCCCGAGCUCGGAGUUCACUGCCUCCUGGCUGCUUGCGCACAAACUCCAGCCACCUGUCAGCAAAGCCGGGAGCCGGAGGUCCUCCCCUUGACCAGAGCCCCUACAGGAUCCAGGCCCAGCCACAGGGCGAGGCUGACGCUGCGGACUCCACGGACGGGGAUUUCCAAGGCCUGAGGACAGCCGUCCCUCGGGAUGAGCUCCCGGCGCCCCGGCCCCACUGCCCACAGCGAUCUCGGCACUGGGAGGCCCCGGUGUCAGGCGAAGGGCCAAAGAGGAGAUUCACGAGGCCGGAGAGAGAAGAGUAAGCGCUGUCGGCUGGAGGCUUCAGAAGCUGGAAAAUGAGGAGAAGCAGCUUUCGGCAGAAGCCUACACACUUGACAAGGUGUGCACUCCUCCAGCAGGCCUUGGGGGAAGAUGGCAGCCCUGGGGGACAGUCAGGAGCCCCCUCAUGUCCUGUCCACUGUCACUUUCGAGUCACCGGAGACACCUGGAGCCUGCCACCGCCACGAGGCCCAGCUUCACCUCCACGGCCAUCAACAUGCCCUGAGGUGCUCUCCCAGCCACCACAGGAGGACGAUCUCCGGGACGUGGAGGAGGUCCAGGCUGGCAGAGACACCUGCUGGCCAGAUCCCGAGUUGGAGCGCGAGCAGGCCCCGUCGUCUCCCCAGCCGCACAAUCCUGAAGAUGAGGUGGACCAGGACACGCGGGUGCUCAGGACCCUUCUGAGGAGCCUUCCCCAUAGACCCAGGUGUGGGGACAGCUUGGGGCAGGAGUGCAGCCUGGAGCGGCCGUUAGGCCAGCCGCCGGGGGCCGGGCCCCGCCCCCAGAAGAGAGGCACCUGGCGUGGGCCGCUCGGGCUGCAGGGAGCCUCGGGGACAGAGGGCGGCCCGGGGCGCGCCGACGAGCUGGCGGGCAGCCUCGGCCGGGGCUCGGGCCUCGGGGCCCGGCAGAGUGGCCCGCGGGGCGGGAAGCCGCACAGGUGUGAGGCCUGCGGGAAGAGCUUCCAGUACAACUCGCUGCUGCUGAAGCACCAGCGCAUCCACACGGGCGAGAAGCCCUACGCCUGCCACGAGUGCGGCAAGCGCUUCCGCGGCUGGUCGGGCUUCAUCCAGCACCACCGCAUCCACACGGGCGAGAAGCCCUACGAGUGCGGCCAGUGCGGCCGCGCCUUCAGCCACAGCUCGCACUUCACGCAGCACCUGCGCAUCCACAACGGCGAGAAGCCGUACGAGUGCGGCGAGUGCGGCCAGGCCUUCAGCCAGAGCUCCAACCUGGUGCGGCACCAGCGGCUGCACACGGGCGAGAAGCCGUACGCCUGCAGCCAGUGCGGCAAGGCCUUCAUCUGGAGCUCGGUGCUCAUCGAGCACCAGCGCAUCCACACGGGCGAGAAGCCCUACGAGUGCCCCGACUGCGGCAAGGCCUUCCGCGGCCGCUCGCACUUCUUCCGGCACCUGCGGACCCACACGGGCGAGAAGCCCUUCGCCUGCGGCGCCUGCGGCAAAGCCUUCGGCCAGAGCUCCCAGCUCAUCCAGCACCAGAGGGUGCACUACCGGGAGUAGCGGGCGCGGGGCCGCGCGUCAGCAGCCUGAGGUCGAGGCGAGUUCCCGCGGAGGGCUCCUGCCUUCGCGCCUCCUGGCUGGCGCAGCCGGCAUCUCGUGCGUGUCCCGAAUAAAGUCUGUGUACUUGAUGGACGCGGGAGGAAGGCCACGUGGCUGCCCCCCAUCCCUGAGGGCUCCUGUCGGCAGAGCCCACCGCGUGCCCUAGCGGCCGAGGCCUGCGGGCGUCGUGACUUACCAGAGCCAUAGCCAGGGCGGGGUCAGGCACCCCAGGACGGGUGGUUUCCAGAUUGGGGUGGGGGGGCCCGGGCUGCCCGCUCUCCCCCUGGGCUGUAGUCUCUGGCGGUUUGGUUUCCUCAUGCAUCUGGGAGAAUGUGUGUGGCAUGUUCUCUCUGCAGCAAGCCCUCGGAUCUGCUCUGUUUGCCUUCUCACCCUGCCUCUGCACCUACUGGUGGCUGCCUGAGGCCAGCGGGCUUCAGUGGAAGGUGGCCCUGCCCAGCCUUCAUAGCUGCCUCCAGCCCCAGGAAGCCGGGGCCCCAGGGGGUUCCCCGCUUGACAGGUCUGGGCGACUGCAGCUGGGCAUUGGCUGUAGCCGGCUUCAGAUCUGCCAUGACUGCCCUGUAGCUCCCCAGCCCCUGUGGUAAAGGGGAGAGCCCAGCUGGGUGGGGCGCCUUC